CAACAAAUCCAGCAGUUUCCUUUCUUGGGAGGUAUGGAGACUCCGGCACCGGUCACCGGGCUUUUCGGUUAUGAUUUAGAGGGUGGAGGAGUGGAAGGGAUGCAAUAUAGUGGACAACUUAGCUCAAAGACUUCAAACUCUGCACUAAUCUCACAACUUGCUUCUGUGAAAAUGGAGGAUAAUAACCAGCAUGGUCUUCUUGGUUUGCCAAGACAGUACUUGAGUGUUAAUCCUAGGAAUAUUAAUCAGUAUUGGAAUAACAGCACCGGCAACGCCAGUGGCAACGGUGGUGGUUCAAGUGGUGGUUGGAAUGAUCUAUCUGGUGGUAAUAUCUUGUAGAGAUUUCCAUGAAGCUUAAUUAGUUUUCAUAUGGCUUCAAAGAAGGAAGAAGAAGAAGAAGAAGAUCGAGAAGUUUGCAUGAUGCUUCAUAUGAUGAUGAUAAGGUGGGUUUUCUAAUUAUCUUUGAUAAUUUUUCCUUUUUUUUUUCUUUUUUCUUAAUUUGUCUGGAUUGGUGUUCCUUGCUUCCUUCUUUGUAUCUUUGAUUAUAUUAUGGUUAUAGAAUUGGGGUGUUUGGAGUU